GUUGGAAUAGACACCAGCUGUGGAGGUCAUCUUGUUCCAUAAGGGUUUUCUAUCGUCCCAUAAGAUGGCACACGUUGUUUUAUGAUUUCCUGAGUCUGAGGGCAGCGGGGGAGCAGAUCAUUAACAGAUGCAAAUCAGCGUAACACGCGACUGACCAUGUGUGGCGCCGAGUCUAAGCGUUACCCCUGGAGACUAUGUGGGAGACCCAGUAUGAUGUUAGUCUGACCUGCCCCUAGUUAUCAUCUCAACCUCCAUCAAGUCAUUCAGGCGGUAUCUGUGCUCCUCGAGCCGACAACAUGAACGUCUUUCCUGCAUUACUUCUAUUCUGGGGAUUGCUGCCGGGCUCACGAGCUACCUGCACCACAGCCUAUGGGGAUAAGAUCCGCUACUGCAAGGCUUUUCAGACUGAUUACAUUGAAGGUAUCGAGAUUCUCAUUUUUGAAGAAAGGGAUGUCGGACGCAUUAAUUCAACAGUGUUUUCCAGCCCCAAUUUAAAGUCUGUGUUGAGUCUGACCUUGAAGGGCAGUAAGAUCCACACCAUAGAAUCGGGGGCGUUUCAGCAGUUUCGGAGUCUAGGUAAUAUGGAGCUUCAGGAUAACAGCCUGACAGCCCUGUCCCCCUCCUGGUUUCAUGACCCAGCGACCUUGAGGAAUCUCACCCUGGCCAAUAACUUGAUAGGACGACUGCGUCCCGAGAUGCUGCAGGGAUUUUCCAACUUGGAACGGCUCAAUCUCAGCAGAAACCAAAUCACCUCCAUUCACUCUGAAAGUUUCUUAGGCGUGUCCAAGAUGCUGUCCCUGGACCUGUCUUACAAUAAGAUUUCAUCAGUUCAGUGGCAGACACUGAGUCCUUUAAAUGGCACCUUAAGACUCGGCGGCAAUCCCUGGAAUUGUUCCUGUGCACAUAGGGAUUUCAUACUUUUUCUGAAAGAGAUGAUGAAUGCAUCCAGAUUGUCCGACCCAACCUCAGUGACAUGCCGCUAUCCACCAGACCUAACAGGAGCCUUUGUGUGGAAUGUGACGGAGAUGAAUUGCUCUUCGCCUGGUUUACUGCCCAGGCCAGAAGCUGUUUUCCAUAGAGUGGUGUUACCCGUGCUCUUCGUGGUGUUGGGUGCCCUGUUCUUCUCUAUGAGCGUGUGGCUGAUCUUCUGCAUCCUCACAAGCCGCUGUAAGAACAAAGUGACCAAUAUGACCGACCCUGAACGUCCCAUACACCGGCGCUCUGAGAACACAGAACUGCACCAUGACCUUAAAGGAAGGUUGGUCACCCACGUACAGGAUGAGACACUGGUUGGGUCAUUGAAUCGAUAUCCUCAGACCAUUGAAGGCUCUGAAAGACCCAAAGUGCAAACAGUGCUCCCUCCUCCUCCUCCUCCUCAUCAGAACGAUGGAUUUCUCCAUUCAGAUUUGAGAAGCAGUAAAUCGGAGCCAAUGGGUUUCUCCAUAGAUGUGAACACUUCAGUCAAAGUGCAACCGGCUACAGAAUUAUAUGAGCAGCACCCGAUUCACCCGGCAGCACCCGAUGGUACGGUUACUAUGCAGAAUAUAGAGGCUGUAGGAAAAAGUGACAGUCAUGGGUGGCAAUGGACUUGUACUGGGACCAGUGUAUAUGGGAACCGUGAUGAUGGACGUUCUAGGGAAACAGGGCUUUUAACUUAUAUAGAAACACACAUUGACCCAAUGAACGAUUCCAAAAAUGUAUCCAAUACUGGAGAAAGCAGAGUCGAAGAAAGUGCGCCCUCAAUUCAACGUGACGUAUCUGGCAGUAAUGGAAGCCCUUUGACCUUUGGUAAGAAAUGUAAGACCUGGAGCACGUUCUGCGUUCCUCAAGACAAGUUCACUGUAGAUCCUUUAGAGAGUCUUCAUGUUCCUGAUGCCUUAAAUAUUAAGGUAGAUUUCAAAAUGGAACCUAUUGAAGGUAUAUGUAAAAGAGAAGGACUAGAAGAAACUUCAAGCACACAUCAAGAGGAUAGCCAAAGAGAAGCCUCCAAGUCACUCAAUACACUCCAUGCAGACGUGAGACCUUGUAUCAUUGGUGAAGGACAACAACACAAAGAGGUGGCCAGUGACCAAAGCCAAUUGGAACCCAAAGAGCACGUGUCAGAUUCCAGAGCUGUCGGCGGUCCGUGUCGACAUCAACACCAAGAGCUGUCGAGAAAGAACAAGACCGGCAAACCUAAAGAGAGAAGCUCCGUGUCACAUGAAAAACUAGCCAGAGAAAAGCUUUGGAAAUACCAUAAGAAUUGUUGCAGUGAGUUUGAGCCAUGCCAGACGGCAUCCAACGUCCUAAGACGGCUUAAAACGCCGGAAAAGGGGGAGCAGAAAACCACGGAAGUAACUCAAGAGCCGCCAUCCGAUGAAGACCUCCUCCAAGCAGAAACACCGUCUCUACCUCUUUUGCUCUCCGAACCACCUGAAAGUCAGAUCCUGGCAAAUCCAGCAAUUUCUUCCAAGAAGAUUUGUUCCAGUUUGCCCAAUCUGGGUGUAUAUGGUGUCAAUAAUCCCUGUGUCAAUUCUGCUAAUUCACCAUUAAGAGAACCAGUGGAUGUUCAAGAUAAAACCAGAAAAGAGAAUAUCUCAGAAGAUCUAUCCAUGUGUAGCACAGAUCUUCCAGUCAUUGACUUACCAGCAGGGGACAUGGAAAGCCAGGAAAGGCCAUCAGAAGCUUCACCAUCUAAGACAAAUUUGCCCAAAGUCGAUGUCCUAUCUAAGGGUUUAAUAAAAGCAAGAGGUGGAUUAAAUGAUGAAUCUAGUGCUCAUGGGUCAAUUGGACAGGAAAUUUCACCUACGAAUUCUGCAAGAAGAAGGACUAGCGUAGAACAAGGUUCUGGACCUUACAAACCAGAUCUACAAGUCUCAAAUGGUCAAGUGCAAGAUCUCAUAAGCCAUAAUAGUUAUAGUCCGGUUCUUCCAGACAUCAGUGCUGGAGGAUUCUGUGACGGAACCAUAAAAGAAGAUGAGAUGUCACAAGUAUUACCACCUAGUGAUCUAGAACUGCCAGCCAUUAACCUCCAAACAGAGGGUCCUUUAAGGAACGAAAUCCAUCACAAGAUGUCACCUGGCGACCUUCAUCUACCGAUCAUUGAUGAUUCAUCAGGAGAUAAUACAAUAAGACAGAAUCCAUUAGAACAAGAAUUGCCUGUGAAUCUUGAUGAUUCGGUCAGUGAGGUCCAGGUACAGAGUGUUGAAAAGUUCACUGACGUAUCCCCAGGACUCCCAGAUGUUCAUACUCUUCAUGAGGAUUGGUUACCGAAUAAAGUUGAUCUUUUCACCACUCUAAUAAAUGAAAGUGACCCUAAUGCUACUCUGCAGGGUGACCAAAGUUUACCAGCUAUGGCUGAACCACCAGAAGAUAAAAUGUUGGCAGAAUGCAAAACUUUUAAACUAGGAAAAAACAGAACUAACAGGAAGGUUAAAUCUAAAAGUUGUCCUGUCCUAUCUGAAAUGCUUGAUAUCGAAGAUCAAUAUAGAAACCCAAACUUUAAGAGAGAGAUGCUAAAAUCUUUGUGUGGUCAUCCAGACACUAAGAACAAACCUGAUGUCAGACACACACGAAACAACGACAUGGUCCAACCCCAUUCCACAACAUGUGAAAACAGUCAAGAGGUUCUAUCUGUACCAAUGAAGACCAUGAACAAUGGCAGCCAAGAGUCCCCAUUGUCUAAUAAGGAACAGGAGCUCAGUGCUGGUGGUUUUUCUGACAUGAACACUAGUAUCGAAACCCAACUUGCACCUUCUGGUUCUUAUUCAAUUUCAACUCAAGAUGGUGAUGAGAUUUCAGAAUGGCCAAACACUGUGGACAUGCUAAAACAGUCAAGUACCAUAAGCUUGUCCUCAAAGUAUGAUAUCCUGGAUAGUUCUGCAGUUCCUCAAUGUGAGGACAUUGGUAAUUCUACCAUUCCGUAUGAUGGACACAACGUGAACUUUAGUAUUUGUGGAAUGGACAGCAUCAGUGAUACAAAUGCUCUCCAACAAAAUGACCAUACAGAUGAAGAUGUCAAGUAUAAGAACACCUUAAGUCCUAGGGAAAAAUACACGAGUGAGAAGAUUCUUCAGAAUGGUAGAAUACUGGAAGAGAUAUCUGUAAGAAAUUCAUUGUUACUAUCAGAAGAACAGAUGACAAAUACUCAGAGACCUCCUCAAAGUGAUAUUCUAGAUAGAGCAGAGAUCAAUGAUCAAACCAUGGAUCCUACAGAUCUAAUACCGACAUUAAGAGAAGGCGAAAGUGUUAAACUAGGAAAGACGAGAAAUAACCAGAAUGUGAAAACGAAAAGUUGUCCUGUUAUUUCUACAAUGCUCAAUGUUCAAGAUCAAGAUAGAAACCCGAACAAUAACAGAGAGUUACCUAAAUCUACGUGUGGUCAGCCAGACACUAAGACCUGUUUGCCGUCAGAAGAACAGAAGACAGACGCUCAGAGACCUCCUCAAAGUGAUAUUCUAGAUAGAGCAGAGAUGACCGAUCAAACAUUGGAUCAUGUAGAUCUAAUACAGAUGUCCGAUUGUGAUGAAAUACUGACUGGUAGAAAGGAAGUUCAGGAUCCAUCAGCAGACGUUCAUUGUCAUCAGUUUUCUUUGGUCUUUAAUGAACAAAAAGAAGAUCCUGAUGGUCAUCAUCCUCCAAAUGAAGCGACAAAAGUCCAAUCAGGUCAACUUAGUGUUCCCGAAAGUAAAGGCAAAACCAUUGAAAACGAGGAGAAUAUUGAAAGUAAAGAGCGAAUCAUCAAUAAUAUCAGGCACAAUAAUUCAUUGACUGAAUCCUAUAAUGGUAAUCUAGAUAUGUCACAUGUCAAUCAUAUAGCUACAGAUCAGUCAGAUGAUCAAAACAAUGGCAAAUCUACAGAUAUGUUUACAUGUAGUCAACAAAAAGUGCAGAACAAUUAUCAAGAAGAUGGCUCUGCCAGAGAUGAAGAUGGGAUUAAGCAAGAACAUAAUUCUUAUGAUGUAGAAGACCAGAAAAAAACAUCAACUCUUUGUUCAAACUUGUCAAGAAGUAAAGUUGUGACAAAAAAAUUCAGAAAAAAUAUUGGUGCCCAAAAACUAGAAGCAAAUAAAACCUUCAAGACUGGUAACAUCAUUGCUCCACGCAUUCAAGACAUUGGUCAAGAUUUUAAAGAUUUUGUAUCGAUCAGACUUUUCCCAAGACCUUUCCAGUCUGUGUUUCCAGUAUCUGCAAAGACCGGAUGUAUAGAGGAACGGCCUUCAGUCAACGGCGCAGAAAUCAUAAGCCCUCCACAUAUGUUGUCCGACACCUUAAGUCAAACAAAAGUCACAUCUAAUGACCCUGAGGAGAAGACGAUGGCUGGUGCUAUAGAAUACCUCACCUACUUGUAUGCCAGAGGUCAGAGACUAAACAUAUCCCAAGAUUCCCUGGGAUUUCCAGGCAGAGAUGACAAAGCUGUAGAUGAUAUUCGGGUCUUAGCAAAUCUACAAUUCUGUAAAGUGUCUGGAGGGUUAAUAGCGGAUGCUGAAAUCCCAAAAACCAUCCAAGAAGCAGCUGAAGACACUAAUUCGACUUUUUCUGUACCAGAUAACCCAUAUGUUCCUCCAAGUAAGGAAGAAUUGAAAGCAGAUGAUGAACUAGCCGUCCUGAAUAUCAUGUGCACCUUAAAGAAGAGUCUGGAACUUUCCCCCAAUUAUGACACGGACGGAACGGAUACCUGAUCAUCUAAGGAGAAGGAAUCCAAAAUUCUCUAGAAAUGUUUAAAUUAAAAAAAAAAAUUUUUGAUGUCGAAUAAUAGUCUAUGCUACUUAAAGGAGUAGUCUACAGAAAAGUAUCUUCAGUCCAUUGUGCCCGGGCUGCAAAAAUUAAAAUAAAACGAAUUUUAACUCCCCUUCCUCCAUUCCCUCGUUCCACCGCUAUAACUGUUCAGUCCUCUGGUCCGGUCUUCUUCCGUCACACUGGGCUUAGCCUAUCAAUGGCAGCAGUGAUGCCCCGC